AUGUCCAUGCCUCCCAUACACAUGGCCCGAUUGUCCCGCAGGGUCUAUAUUUCUUUUCUACGUUCAAGAACCUUGCCCUCCGUCCAACGAAAGUUCCCUGUUACGAUCGGUACUCUUCGCUCCCUGCAGACAAGCGUUCGACCUCCCUCUCCUCCUCAGAGCAACCAAAGUAUGUCCGCUCCAAUUCUCAGAACUGGUCGAGCGGUUGAAGAGGAGACUCUUCCAGAUUAUGACCCGGAUGGGUUCUAUCCCGUCCACAUUGGGGAUGUCUUCAAGGACAGGUAUCGGGUGUUGGGAAAGCUUGGGUUUGGAGCCAGCUCCACGACUUGGUUCUGCCGUGACCUCAGAAGUGAUUGUUACGUCGCCUUGAAAGUUUAUGUUCGGUCCCCCUUAUCCCAAGAUCAAAUAAAUCGUGAAGUGGAAGCGUAUAAACAUCUUGCAACUGUUCAGUCAUCACAUGUCGGACGACGAUUUAUACGCCAUGUUCUUGAUUAUUUUGAACUCGAGCGACCAGACAGAACUUAUCAUCACUGCCUAGUUCACCAACCUCUUCAAACCACACUAUAUGACUUCCAAAGACUCGGUGGGAACGCGGAAGGGUUACCAGAAGACAUGGUCAGAGGGGCAUUACGGCAUCUUCUCCAGGCCCUAGAUUUCCUUCACACGAUUGCCAACAUCACUCAUUGUGAUCUCAAAGAGAGCAAUAUUAUGUUGACUGUUGAGGAUGAGAGUGUUCUUGAAUAUUUCGAGAAAGCCGAGAAAGAAGAUCCCUCCCCACGGAAAAUUGUAAACGACGAGCGCUCGAUCUACGCUACGCGGAAUUUUCGCCGUCCAAGGAAUAAUGCCUGGGGUUAUCCCGUGCUAUGUGACUUUGGAGAAGCUCGCAUCGGGCCCAGGCAUUCACACGAGUGGAUACAGCCCGAGGUAUACAGAGCCCCUGAAAUUAUCUUGGAACUGGAUUGGUCCUAUUCUGUAGAUAUCUGGAAUGCUGGCUGUUUGGCGUGGAAUAUGCUAGAACAUAAGCAUCUUUUCAAUGGAGAGGAUGAAGAAGGCUAUACUAACCGUUACCAUAUCGCUGAAAUGGUUGCAUAUCUCGGGGCUCCACCGUUGGAAUUUCAGCGAAGGAGUGGACGCUCGCCAUUAGUCUUUACAGUGGAUGGUCGUUGGCAGGGAAGCCCGCCACUUCCACCUAUCACUCUCGAAAAUACCGAAGAAAAGCUGCACGGUGCCCCUAAGAUCGCAUUUUUGAAAUUUUUGCGGUCCAUGUUGGCUUGGGUACCUGACGACAGAAAAUCUGCCCGUGAGCUUUUGGAGGACCCGUGGCUUCAAGGAUGA